CGUGCUGGCGUCCACGGAAGGAGAUCGUCCCCGUUCCCGGCGAAUCGGUGCCCGUCCCCGGAGCGUCUGGCCGGGUGUACGUUCCACCGCUGGCGGGCGUCUCUCCGUGGGCCUUCCCGCCCGGGCGCGGGCCGAUGGCUGGCAUCGCCUUCCCUGAAGAAAGCGUCUGGGUUUCAGGCGGGGGUGAGGAGAAGGGAUGGUCUGGCCGCAAACGUCACCCGCGGGCCUCAAGCAGGAGGCCUGGAAGCCAGAGGGAUGCCGAGUAGGGCGGAAGCUCACCCUUGGAGCCUCCCGGCCCCGUAGGGCCUGGUUCGCGGUGCUGGGGGGCGAUGGCGUUUUAGCGAGUCGCACUGGGGCAGGUGGGGGUGUGGUGGUGCAGAAAUACAUCCAGUCGUUUCAAAAACGCGGAGCUACACUGUAAUGUCUGUGGGGUCGGAGGGAGCCAGGAACUUCAGCUGUUGCAGGGGACUGCGGCGAGGCCUUUGGAAAGGAAGCAAGCGGGACUCGGUGUGUUAAACCGAAACAAGAUCUCCUCAGGAAAGGAGAAACGCGGGUCAGCGGCCCGGCGGCAGCCUGGCUUCCGCCGCCUCCGCGCACCCCGAAAUGAAAUAACUGCAGGCGUUUUCUUCCCGGUAACGCAGCCCGGGACUGCAAAGUACCUGCAGCGCUGGGGGGGGUGGUGGUGUGUGUGUGGCCCCACCGCACCUCUUCAGUCUUGCAAGUGUGGUGAUCGCCGCCUCGUUUUGGGAUGGGCGCUCCGACAGUGGAACUUUUGUCGCCUUAUGGUAGAUAGGUGAUCUUGCGGAAGGCAAAUGUUAAAUUAAGUCUUGUUCUCAAACUGCUGCAUUAAAUAGGACAGCUGUAGUUACUAGGUGGAUUUCAGUAGCUCAACAAAACACCUAUAUUGGGGGGGGGGGUCAAUAAAAAGAGCUGUUUCUCAAAAUACUCUCAUCUCAACCUGUUCAGAACACUUGCUACUAAAACUUCUUGAAGGUUGUUGAUACCAGAUAGAGGUGGUUUUUUGUGUUGCUUCUUGUUUCACAGGUUAGAAAACAUGUCUAGAAUUCUCUUGCUCCUGUCUUCAUCUAUGUUAGAUUCUGUUGUCUCCUCCUGUUUUCAGUAUUGAUGUAGAGAAAUCACGUAAACGCAGGUAGGCGGAAAGAACCUGGAGCCAAGGCCAACAGGUUUACCCCUCUUCUAUUAGUGGAGAACAGGCUUUCUAGUUAAUGUGCUUGUCAUGCUUCAGUGGCUGCGUUAAGAGUGGUAAUUUGAUCUUCGGUGGAAUCCGAUGGUGUAAUUCUAGGUUUUACUAGCCUUUGAGCUCUGGCUGCUACCAAAGAGAUGCAAUCUUGUGUUUCUCUGGUUGCAAGUGUUUGUAUACCCUUACGGGAAACUGGACUGGGGAGCCAAUAUGACUUUAAAAUAAGUUUGGGGUUUUUUUUCCUCAGUGGGUUAGAUUUAAAUGGUUCCCCAAUCUGCAGAGAAUCAAGCAGGGCAUGGUAGGACAUUUACUUUCUCGAUGGUGUGGAUUAGGGUGACUUAAAGUUUACACAAAACACUCUUUUGUCACUGUACUUCCAAAAGAUCCUAAUAACUUGACCUUAUUUGUGAAGUGUGUCCGACCAAAAUUCAUGGUUUUGGCGUGAUCUCUGUAGGACUGCUGUGCAGCUGGAUUUACUGUUCUGUUUAAAAAUAUUUCAUUGGCUAAACAAGAUGUUCUAUAAUCCUGUAUCGUGUCUGGCUCUGAAAUUCAACUAUUUGUGGAAUUUAUUUUUUUUUUAUAUCUGGCCAGGUCUUAAUCACAAACUUAAAAGGUUUUUUUAGAGUUUAUUUUUUGUGCUUGAUUGAGACUUAAAUUGCUACAAGACUACAUCUUUUCUUUGAAAAGUUUUCAUAUUUAGUGUUAGAUGAUAUAAUCUUAGUUAAAAAACCCCUUUUUUCGUAUAAAAUUUGAGUGAUGUGAUUGCUUGUCAAGUCUUUCAGAUACAAAAUAUGAUAGCUGGAUUCAAUCUUUGGUUUUGUACACAGCUGAUAAGUUGUACUUUAGUAAAAUGGAACUCAGAAAUACUACAGACCUUCCUUCUCCAAAGUUCAUUUUCCUUUACAUUGCAGAGAUAACUAGCAGAAUGAUGAUUGGAUGCUUAUAGUGAUUGCUCUAAAAUCCAUGAUACGUUUUAUGCGUCCUUUGGAGGAAAAAUAAUCUGAUUUAUUUGUAAUAGUGUGGGGAAAAUAGUGGAAGAUUGGCAAGGAGGAUUGUAAACACGCUCAAGUGACUUGUAGGUGGGGUGUAGAAAAACGUGUAUCAUACUAAUCAUUGUUUAGCCUUGGUGUUGGACAAGGAGAACAUCUGUGUUUAGAUAACAUAGGCCUGUGAUAGACUCAGAGGCACCCUAUCGAACAUGCUUGAGAUUCCUGCCCUUCUGUGGGAAGAAUCAAAGCACAGUAGUAAACUAUGCCUGUGUGAAUCCCUGAUACACAGGCAAAAGCAGCAGGUGCGGUGACUCUCUAGCAAGGACUGAGCUCUGCGGUGCCUGCAUUCCCACUUGGGCGCCUCUGCCCGGGUGCUGCUCCGGAGAUCCCCCGGUUUGUGAGGUACAGAAAAAUGGCAAAGAGAAUUGCAGAGAAGGAACUGACUGACAGAAACUGGGAUCAAGAGGAUGAAGCUGAGGAGGUGGGAACAUUCUCAGUAGCUAGUGAAGAAGUCCUGAAGAACAGAGCUAUUAAAAAAGCAAAGCGCCGAAAUGUUGGAUCGGAGUCUGAAAGUGGAGGAGCUUUUAAAGGGUUUAAAGGCUUUAUAUUGCCUUCUGGAAAAGGAGGAGGUGGCUUCAGCGGAUUUGGUAAUGGUGCAGGAAUAAAGCCUUUAGAAGGGCUGUCUAAUGGAAGCAGUAGUGUCUCUAGCACUCCUUCUUUCAGCAGUUUAAAGACCACCUCCGAAACACAAUCAGCAUUUGGAUCCACCAUGUCAAAUGGUCCGACUACUACCGCAUUUCCUGAGAAAAAGGCGGCAAGCCCAAAAGCUAAUGGUGGCAGUCAAGCAUCCUCAUCUGGCUACGCUCAGAGUAAAGUUUGUAGCUCUAGUGUUUACCACAAACAGUUAGCUGCUUUAAACUGUUCUGUGCGUGACUGGAUAGUUAAGCAUGUAAACACAAACCCGCUGUGUGACCUGACACCCAUCUUCAGAGACUAUGAGAAGUACUUAGCAAAUAUUGAACAGCAACAUGGAAGCAGUAGCGACAGUGGCUCUGAAAACGAAAGCAACAAAACACCUGGCUCUCAGUCUCUUUCUACAUUUGGGAAUUCAAAGCUACAGCAAGGAUCAACUUUUUUGUUUAACAACAACAAAACGGAGGAUACCUCGGACAAAAAACCUGAAGCUGCAUCGGAAAAAAAAGACCCAUCAUUAGGAGCUACAUCAACAGUCUCAUUUAAUUUUGGCAAGAGCGUUGACAGUUCUGUUUUGGGUUCCCUUGGUUCAGGAACACUUAGUAGUUUCUCAUUUUCUCCUGGGAAUUCAGGUUUAUUUGGAAAAGAUGCAAACCAGGCUAAGUCUGUCACUGCAGUAUCCACCAACGUAUUGGAAGCUCAGACAGAAAGUGGCAAUAGCGACGACAAAGGAGGUGAAGAGGAGGAAGAAGAGCCACCAAAAGUCAUAGUUAAUGAAAUAAAAGAGGAUGAUGCUUUCUACUCAAAGAAGUGCAAACUGUUCUACAAAAAGGAUAAUGAAUUUAAAGAAAAAGGUGUAGGAACAUUACACUUAAAACCAGCAGGAAAUGAAAAAACUCAACUCCUAGUCCGAGCAGAUACCAAUUUAGGAAACAUACUGUUGAAUGUUCUAAUUCCACCCAAGAUGCCAUGCACGAGAACCGGAAAAAACAAUGUUCUUAUAGUUUGUGUUCCUAAUCCACCAAUUGAUGAGAAGAAUCCAGCUGUUCCUGUUACUAUGUUAAUAAGGGUGAAAACAAGUGAGGAUGCAGAUGAGUUGCACAAAAUCUUACUGGAGAAAAAGGAGGCUUAAAUAAGUUGCAGUCAGUGAUUUGAAGAAUUAUUGCCAAACUGCUGCUGCUCUUUUCUUCCAUUACUGAAUUAAGAACUAUUAUAGGAAUUCUGGAAAAAUUCUGUGAGGAAAAGCUAAGCUAGCUAAUAAAAGCUUUAAUAGAACACAAAUGUUGGACUGUGCUCCCUCAUUUUUCAAUAUCUAAAUGCAGGACCUCUUCUGGAUAAAGCCUCUCUUUUUAGCAACGGUCAAUUUGACCGAGUGGACUGAAACCAGAGUACAAACAUACGGUACCAGAGCUUCCUCACAGACUGCUGUGCAAUGCAACAACCUCCUGUUUUGAGAAGGAAGGAUGUUGAAGUUUAACUGUUGAAACUAUUUCUAGACUCCAGAUUUUUAAUUUUAAUGGGUCUGUCAUAUUCCAGUGAGACUAAUUUUUCAGACUGUCACUGACAACAAUGUACCCCAACAACAAUGAUACUAUAUAUUGUACUGUGUUUUAACUCUUGCAGACUCAUGUGCUUUUGGGACUCAGACUGCAUCUCCAGCUAUUUAAAAGAAAAUUUGCUUGCGUAGUCUUGUUGACAGUAGUGUUUCUUAGAGAAGAACUGUCAGUUCUGUUCUUACUGUAGCAACAAGCUAAUGAUGUGCAAUAGUACAAGCAGACAACUGGAAGACUGUUUUAUCUUGGACCACAGCCAGCAUUUGCUGGCUUCUGACAAGUCUGAGGCAAAGGGUUGCACUUCCAUUAUGGUCCCUCUGAGGUAUUCCUCCCUAGUUCCUCGGGCUAAAGCUGAAACCCAGCGGAGGCAGAGUUGUAAAUGUUGUUCUUGUCUGAAGAUAUCUCUUUUCACAAGCAAAUUUCAGGAUUUUUAUAGAUCUUUCUAUUGCCUCUGGCCAUUACCAAGAUGACAUGCAUAAGCGUGUGUGUGUGCCAGUAAUAAUUUUGCGCGUGUGCUAAAACUACACUGCUUUACUGCAUUGCUUUAAGCAGUGGUUUGCAGUGUUAGGUCAAGCUUUCUGUUGCAAAAGUAGGGAGCACUGGGUUAAUCUAUACCUUGGUUUUCAGCUGUGUGAAAAUUAACCACAUGGCAAUAAUUUGUGGAUCAGAACAUCAUUUUGUUCUCAGUUUCCAUCUCAACUUUAUCAGACCAUGUUUGGUUAUUUAAUCCUUUUCUCUUUCAAAUCUUGUUUGCUGGAAACUUCUUCCCUAACAAUAGAUUUCUGCUUUGCUUCCAGCUCUGGAAACUAUCCAAGAGCUAGAUGUUAAUGUUAAACUUGAACUGCUUUCUGAUCUGUCACAGUGACCAGCCCUGGCGAGAUGGAAGAAACAUCCUGACCUGUGUCUGUCUAGUGCAGCACAGAGGAAGAAAAUCCCAUUCUUUAAAAAAAAUAAAGCAGCAUGAUGCAAUUCUCACAGGGGACCUGGAAAUCCACAACAGUGGCAUCCUGUGGGUGGGGAAAAAAGUAGCAGCACCAUUUGAUUAGAUGCAGCACAUCUCACCUGCUCCCCGCUGCUCUCUGAGAGGGUGGACAAAUGACUGCCUUGGGUCCUUAUACACUGCACAAUUCGGGUUAUGGCCUUCCCCCCCCCCUCAACUAAAAGGAGGAAAAACAUUAUAGGAUCUUACAGCCCUCUGGACCAGCAUUCAAAACCAAAGGCCUUUGCUCACAUUUCAGCUACGCUGAGGUCACAAGAAUCGCAUUUUUAACACUCAGGUGCAAAGGAAGCUUAGAUACAAUUUGAAAUAUAAAUUGGUGCCUUUUUUUUUUUCAUCUGGCUCAGUACAUAAACAUUAAAAGUAAGUGUCAUUAUUUUAGGGAAAGUAAUGGUUUGGUUUUGGUUUUUUUAAAGUCUUGCUGAUACCUAAAUUGGAGUCCAAAAGCUGCAGGCUUGCAUGUUAAUUGUGUAUGACUGAAAAGCAGAACAUUGCCUGAAAGUUUAUUACAGGCUCAGGUUUAAUGUCUAAGGGCUCAGUUAAUUUUGCAUUUGUUGUUUGACUGUAAUGUCUUCAACACUUCUCCACACAGAAGAGUUUAUAGUCUGGAGCACUGGAUGUUUGUUACACAUCCCACUGCAACAGCAACUCUGUACAGGUCGUAUUGGUGAACUUGGCUUUGGGUUGGUUGACUUCUGAAAGCUUGUGGGCAUGUAACUGUUGCUUCAUCCAUUGAAACGUGGACCACCUAACGUAAAGAAGUAAGACACAAACUGAACUUUCUACCUAUCCAUAAUGAUUUGCUUCCGAAGCGAGGCAGUCUUGGGGUUUUGCACCUGCAUAUUUGGCUCAGUUCUAAAGGUGGCAAACCAAGGGAACGGCCAGCGCAACUCUGUCAUGUUUUCACUGCUCUGAGGGUGAGCACAGAGUGUAAGGGAAAAUAAAUAGAAUAAUAAAUUGCGUUGGAAAAAUGAAACCUACAGUAUCCAUGGCAGCAAGUAAUAUCUUAGCUGUGAGAAAGACUAAUUGAGAUGAGACACCUUAAUUCUUUAGCAACAUAUGUAUUUAUCAGUAAAGCUAGGGGAAUGUAUAUAAUUGGAAUCCCAUGUUUAAUUAGAAUGUCAAAUAUAUGCAUAAACAUACAAUUUUAAACGUUUUACACAGGGAAAGUUGCCACUAAAAGAACAGGGAAGAUUUUUACUGCAAAUGUAGAGAUUUUAAUCAACAUCAUUCAUAGUGACCCUGCAAUUAUCUGAACUGUGAAGCAGGAAAAAUAAGUCAUACGCUUUAUCACUUGGUGUUCAGUUCUAAAGCACAACCCUUCUCCAGUACCGUUACAAAAAACAAAUUUUUGAUGAUGCUUCAGUUUCUAGUUAAGAAAUAUUAAAAUACAUAAAUACUGUAAAAAGCCAGAGAUCAUUACGUAGAAAUAAAGGCCUAAAAUGAGUCAAAAGCAAAAGUUAAUGGAGAGCAUAGAAAUCAACAAGGUAAAGCCUUCAGAACAAAGUGGCACACGCUAUACAAAAAAGGAAUUUUGAUCAGAAUUCCAACUCAGUGAGGCAUUCCUCUAUCUUGGUAGAUACUUAAAUAUAUUUAACAGCUGUCCAUCAGAUACCUGAUGUUAAAGAUGCAAGUUUCCUCCCCAGUUCGAGUUAAUGCCUUCACCCUUUCAGCUGUACAUGGGUGCUGGAGUGUCUUAUGGAUCGUGCAUCUUUCCUUCUACUCUAAUUUUGAAGUUUCAGCUGCUUAGAAAUCUUUCCUGUCCCUCUCAUCUCCCCAUUCCCCAAACAGAAAAUCAAGAUCUCAGCUUUUAAUCCUCACAAUCAUCUGUAAAGGAGAUUAUUACAGUUGCUUUGAAUUUGAUUUUAAAAUACUAAAUUGCUAUAUGCAGGGUUGGGUUUUUUUAACGUACUUAAAAUUAUCUCUUUGGGAGCACAACAGUGUGUUCCUAUAAUCCCUUUCGGUUGAUGGAUGUGAAAGUUUAAAUUAAACUUACAGUUCAAACGAACAUGUUGUAGAACGUAAACCAAUUAGGAGAUACACUUUACUAUUAAGACCUUCAGCUCCCUUUGCAGCACUCUAACAUUUAAAACAUCCUUAAAGACUUUCUUUCUGAUGCCUUAACUUAUUUGCAUUUGCUAAAAUUUUGUAGCUGGUGCCUGUGUGCAGAAAUUAACUGACAUUAAACAAUUUAAAGUGGCAUGAGCUAGUAUAAAUCCAAUGAAAAUGCUGAAUGUGACGAUUUGUUACUUGUUAAUAGAUUUCAAACUGCUCUGAAUUUUUCAGUGGAUACUUAAGUUUCACAUAACUUGUCAUGUAAUGAUAUUUUCAUUAGUUCUGAUACAUUGAGGAAGUGUACAAAAAUCCACGGAUAAUGUGAAUAAAUGAAUGGGAGAGAA